ACUCCGGCCUGGCCAUGACCGUUCCCCGGGAGACGACGGACAAGUGGCUGCGCCGGGCCGGCAAGCCCAGGGGGGCUGAGGGCUGCCCGAGUGGGACAGAGGAGGAGCGCCGGGUGAGAGCGAACGAUCGCUGGUACAAUGAGAAGUUCCAGUACGCGAAUAACUGCAUCAAGACCUCGAAAUACAACAUCGUCUCGUUCCUGCCCGUCAACCUGUUUGAACAGUUUCAAGAAGUGGCCAAUACUUACUUCCUCUUCCUGUUGAUCCUUCAGCUGAUCCCACAGAUUUCCUCACUUUCCUGGUUCACCACCAUUGUGCCUUUGGUUCUAGUCUUGACAAUCACGGCCGUCAAAGACGCCACCGACGAUUACUUUCGCCAUAAGAGUGACAAACAAGUGAACAACCGUCAGUCUCAGCUGCUGGUUAACGGGAAACUCCAGAAGGACAAGUGGAUGCACGUCCGCGUUGGUGACAUCAUCAAGCUCGAGAACAACCAGUUUGUGGCGGCGGAUCUCCUGUUGCUGUCCAGCAGUGAACCCCAUGGGCUGUGUUACAUUGAAACAGCAGAGCUUGAUGGAGAAACCAACAUGAAAGUUCGACAAGCAUUACCCGUAACCUCUGAACUGGGAGAUACCAACAAGCUGGCAAAGUUUGACGGAGAGGUCAUCUGUGAGCCUCCGAACAAUAAACUGGACAGAUUCCCGGGGACCCUGUACUGGAAAGAGAAUAAAUACCCGCUGGACAACCACAACAUGCUGCUACGUGGAUGUGUUCUCCGCAACACCGAGUGGUGCUUUGGCCUGGUGGUUUUUGCAG